AUGGAGACAGGACUCGCUCCAGGGACCAAGUCAAUAGCAAAUUCCAUCUCUCUUUCGGUGGUAAUUCAAGUAAUGUCUUCAGGGAAUACUUCAGGAAAUUCACUCACAACCGGAAUAUCUUCUACUCGAAUUACUUCUUUGACUUUUACUGAGAAUAGUAUCAUGAAAGCCUUAGCGGUGAUCAUGUUCUUCGAACCAUUUUCACUUGACAAACUAGAAAUCUUUGGUGAAUCCAUUCCAAAGAUUAAAGACUUUUCUUUACAAUCAAGGAGUACAUGGUUGGACGACAACCAAUCCAUACCCAACACAACAUCAAGAUGGGAAAACGGUAAACAAAUCAAGUCAACCAAAAAUAUUCUCCCAUGUGUCAACAAAGAACAACCAACACAUGCAUGA